AUGAGUACCAGGAAGCGCCGUGGUGGAACAGUGAGUUCUAGACAAGCUCAGAAGCGAGCUCGGGAAGCUGCCUCCGUCCCUGAGAUGGCCUUGGAAGCCGAGUCCGUAGAGCUGGUGGAGAGCAUUGAGACUGCAGCUGGAGAUGAGAUCGUGGACCUGACCUGCGAGUCCCUGGAGCCGGUGGUGGUGGACCUGACUCGCAACGACUCUAUUGUGAUUGUGGACGAGAGGAGACUGCCCCAGAGGACCGGGCGGAGACCACGCCAAGACCAGACAGACAGUUGCGUGGUGAGCAGUGAUGACGAGGACCUGUCCAGGGACAAAGAUGUGUAUGUCACCAUGCAGACUCCCCGGAGCACCCGGGAUGACACAGCGACUGGGCUCAGGCCAUCUGGGACGGUCAGCUGUCCGAUCUGCAUGGACGGGUACUCUGAGAUCGUGCAGAAUGGACGCCUCAUCGUCUCCACAGAGUGCGGCCAUGUCUUCUGCAGCCAGUGCCUCCGUGACUCCCUGAAGAAUGCCAACACUUGCCCAACCUGCCGGAAAAAGAUCAGUCACAAACGCUACCACCCCAUUUAUAUAUGAGCCAUGUGGCUACAUGGGAUACAGCUGACUUCGCCCUCAGGCUGAGCCACACAGGACCCCACGGAGGUGGCCUGGUUCGUGGGACCUGCCCCACUUCCCACCCUUGGACCCCCUUUCUUCCAGUCCGAUGCUGGAGCUGAGCUGGGUCCUCUGGCCAGCUUCAGCACUGUCCCUCUUCAUGCUCCUGUGACUUGGUGUCAGGAUAGGCUCCAAGGAGAGUGGUUCCAGGCGCAUGGAGAACCACGUGUGCGCCAGGGCCUCUCCCACCCAGGAGCUCUUCUGGCGUUGACCUGGCAGUGCCAACUCAGCUCUGUCUUGGCUUCGUGCACACAGGUGUGCCCAGAACAGUGACUAAGGCAG